AUAUUGUGUUUGUGGUGUUAAUAGGACGUAAUUACUUUGUGUGUGUAUGUUUGAUUGUACUUUUAUCUAUAAAUUCGGAAUUUGCUUCCGUUUCCACACUUUUUGACACAAUAUUUAGGUCGGCGGAUGCGCACAUCGGUAGUCGUAAUUUCCGCUGUGUGUACGUGCGGACGGCCAUAUUGGUUUACUUCCUUCUUCAAGGGUAUCUGAAGGCACCAGGAUAGACAACAUGUACCGGUUCGCUAAAGCCGCAGUCAACAUUACUGGUCAGGCCGCCAGGCAGGUGAGGCAUGGAUCCACAGUCCCCCCAGACUUUCACACCAAAUACGGCAAUGGCCUGAUAGCCGGUGGAGCGGUCUUCUGCGUAUCUGUGUGGUCUUAUGUGCUGACUCAGACUGGCAUCACCUGGAAUCUGUCACCUGUUGGGAAGGUCAUGCCCAAAGAGUGGAGGGAGCCUGAGGAGUAAAGAGUCGCCAUGACAGCCUGCAUCCCACCCUAAUAAUAAACCUUCUGGUUGUACAGAUGAAUAACGGUGAAUGCCUGUGUUUAUUCCAACAUGUUAUUUUGUCCAAAUAAAUUAAGUGUGAUUCUA